AUGAAGUUUGCUAGAGUUGCUACCGUUGUUGCUAUUGCUGCUGCUGACAUAAUCGCUGACUGUCGUACCAGCAUUUCAUCUACGAACGAUGCAUGGAUCCCGACUUGCCAGACUUGGUGUGAUCAAUAUGGUCCGAACGGAUACCUUGCAGAUCAAUGCCAGAGUGCAACUGAUGGGAAUGAGUUGAUAUCGUGCAUUUUGAAGUUCCAGACGUACUGCAUCAACAGUGACCAGCCUUCUAGCAACCCUUCUGAUGAGGACCAGCUUGUUAAAGACUGUCAAGCUUCCAUCACUUCGCAGAAUGCUGGUUGGAUCCCUAACUGUCAAGACUAUUGCAAGGACUUCAUUCCUGGAAGAGGUAGAGCCGCAUGCACCAAGCCUAUUACCGACGGCUUGAGCAUGGCUUCUUGCGUCGGCGAGAUAUAUCAUUACUGUGUUCUCAAAACUGAGUAG